AUGGGCACCGGUUCAAGUCGUAAUCAAAAAGUAAGUAGACAAACUCAAGUUCCAUCAGCAUCAAAAGCUAGAGCACAAACUCCUUCACCUCCAGUGGUACCACAGCCUACAAAUUAUCCACGAAGACCAUAUUCAUCUCAACCGUCACCAUGGUUACCGAAACCACAUAAACGAAAUUCAUUAACAAAUUCGAGUUUAGAAGAAUACGCAUCUAUAUGGGAACAAGAUGGAAAGUUAUCAUCAAAAUUUGAACAAUUAAUUAAAUCUGGCUUAACAGAUAUACAACAUGAUCAAAAAGAAACAAAUCAUAAACAUUUAGUAACAAAACAUUCCAGUCAAUAUGAAUCAGCAGAAGUUCAAUCAAAAUUAACAAGUCAAUUUGAAUCAAUUCAUAAUUUAACAACAUCAGAAAGAUUAGAUACAUUAAUGACCAAUUUAAAACAAACUCAUAUAGAUUUCGAUCAAAUAGUUCAACGUCGAAUUCAACAAAUAACAACACAAACAGAAUCAAUUCUUUCACAAAUUGUUCAAGAAACUCAAAAAAGUCAACAAGGUUUAUUAAUUCAAGCUAAAGAACAACAAAUUCUUGAAGAAGAACAAUAUAGAUCCUUAUUAGCAGAAUUUCUUGCUAAAUUAGAUGAAAAAAGAGCACAACACUUAGCUAUUAUACAAGAACAACUUAAAGAACAACGUUUACAAAUUUUUAAUGAAUCUCAAAUUAAAAUUCGUGCAGUUAAUGAACAAGCUAAUUUAAUUAAAAAUCAAAUUAGGUCUGAUGAAGAAAGAAAAGCUUCAGAAAAAAUUGAUUCGAUUGUUAAUGAAAUAAAUGCAGUUUCAACUAAUUCAAAUAUUCAACAUUUAGGUGCACAAAUAAAAACACAAAUUAAUAUAACUCUUUAUGACAAAGUUGGAUCAAAUAAAUCUGAAAAUUUAUUUAUUUUUGAUGAAGAUGAUCAACAAAUAAAUAAUGAUAAUACUGAUCAUAUUGUCAAAAAAACAACAUUUUUUACUAAUCAAUCUUCAAAUCAGGAUUCAUCAUUACUUCAGCCAUCAACUAAAUCAUCUGAUCAUCAAAUGAAAACAAAUAAAAAAUAA